AACGUAGUAAUUUGAUGGCCCCUUGAAAUAUUUAUUUUGCGCAAAAAAAAAUAAACACAGAAUAAAAAAAUUUCUUUUUAGCUGAGAAUACCUUCCGACCCCCAUACUACCACAGAAACUGCAUGUCAGAAUUCAUGGGACUUAUUUUGGGAAAAUACGAGGCUAAAGAAUCUGGAUUUAACCCAGGUGGUGCUACUCUGCACUCUAUGAUGACUCCUCAUGGACCUGAUGCUGACUGUUUCAAGGACUGGUCAGAGACAGUACGAGGGGCAAUCAAGGUCGCCGAGGGAACUCAAGCAUUCAUGUUUGAAUCUAGUUAUCAGCUUGCACUUACAAAGUGGUCUGAGAAAACAUGUAACAAGAUUGAUGAGGACUAUUACAAUUGCUGGCAGAAACUAAACAAUAAUUUUAGCCUAAACUAAUCAAAACAAUUUAAAAAUAAUACGGAAAGGAACAUAUUACACAUAUUAAGUUUAUCUGAUCCUGAUAUCUUUGC